AUGGUGAGGAAAGAGGAUGUGAAUUUCUUUUGCGGAUUCUCGAGGAAAGAGCUUCAGAGUUUGUGCAAGAAAUACAAUUUGCCGGCCAAUAGAUCAACUUCUGAUAUGGCUGAAUCAUUGGCUUCUUAUUUCGAGAAAAAUAAUUUGAACUCGAGAGGCUUUGGAGUGUCUGGGAACCAAGCUACAACUUCUAGACCACCACCAAGUAGAACAUGGAAUGUGACAAGAGAGUUGGAUAUAAGCAGAGGGGAUUGUUUUCAAGGUGCCAUGGCUAGAGACCCAGGCCUUAUUCUUGGAGAUAGUACACAGUAUCAGGAGCGAAAUGAUGGUUUGAAUUAUUCUGAAUGUGCUCCUCCAUAUAUGAGGAAAUUGAGUGAAAAGGGUCCAACGGAUUCUCGGCUACAAGAUAGGAUGAAAGAAGUAGACAGUGGUGAUAGUCCUAGUUCGUCUUCGUUUGAGUUUCAUGUCAGUUUGGAAGAGGGUAUCAGCCUUUCAGUUGAUCUUAAUUUCAACCCAUCAGACUGGAUUAAGAGCAUGAGAGAUGAGGUCAAUGUAUUUGAUAGCUUGCGUCGCAGAAGAUCCCCACACUCUGAUAACAAUGCUGCAAACUGUAAGAAACAGAAGAGUUCAGGGCAGGACAAGGAUAAGCAUGUAAGGAUAGAAUCAUCUUUAAGUCCGGCAAUGAAAGACAACACUCAUUCUAAUGGUGAAUGGUCUCUAGCAUCAUCUGCUAUACAACCAUGCAGCAGAGUCCAAGAGGGCUCAGACACUUGCAAGGAGAAAAAUGUGGUUAACUUGUCCGUACCUGACACUUCAGGACCUGGCCAGAUUGUAUCAUCUUGUGUUGAAUCGUAUAGCAAAAGCUGUUGUGUUAAUCCAGUUGACUCGGACUGUGUUCAUCCUCCUGAGAAGAAGUUGACAGUUGACUCCGUUAUUAUGGUUGCUGCAGAACAGAAUCAUCCAGCUGGUGAUCUCCUUAUUGAACCUCCGGAAAAUCCAUCCUUGGAGAGUUUUGAAAAGGUCGGAAACUCAAUUACUCUUAUGUGUCCACGUGGAGCUGGUUCUGAAUUAUCAUCAUCAGAAGCAGAGGCUUAUCAUUCAAACCUUAAGACCAGUAGUAACUUAAAUCUCUCUUCUUCAGAGCUCAUCGUCAUCGAUAGAGAGUCCACUAGCUAUUCUGAAUCAUUCAAGUUCCAGUACAAUGGUGGCAAGAACUGUCUCCCAGCCAAUACUGAAGAUCAGGAAAAGAGCGAAGUUUUAAGUGAGCGGGCGAGGUCAGAGUGA